CUCGGUCCGGGGUUGCAAACUGCUAGGUGCGAGUGGCUGCGGCGCAGGCAGCCGGGACCAAGCAGGGAUCGUAACAGGGUCGAGCGCGACCCGGGACAGGUCCGGGGGCGGAGCUGGGCCGGGGCUCGCCCGGGAAGGGGCGGAGCUGCGGCGGUGGCGCCAAAUCGCGAAUAUGGCGCCGGAGCGGUUGCGGAGCCGGGCGCUCUCUGCCUUUAAGUUGCGGGGCUUGCUACUCCGGGGUGAAGCUAUUAAGUACCUCACAGAAGCUCUGCAGUCUAUCAGUGAAUUAGAGCUUGACGAUAAACUGGAAAAGAUAAUUGAUGCAGUUGAAAAGCAACCCUUGUCAUCAAGCAUGAUUGAACGAUCUGUGGUGGAAGCAGCAGUCCAGGAAUGCAGUCAGUCUGUUGAUGAAACUAUAGAGCACGUUUUCAAUAUCAUAGGAGCAUUUGAUAUUCCACGCUUUGUGUACAAUUCAGAAAGAAAAAAAUUUCUUCCGCUGUUAAUGACCAACCACCCUGCACCAAAUUUAUUUGGAACAGCAAGAGAUAAAGCAGAGCUGUUUCGUGAGCGAUAUACCAUUUUGCACCAGAGGACCCACAGGCAUGAAUUAUUUACUCCUCCGGUGAUAGGUUCUCACCCUGAUGAAAGCGGAAGCAAAUUCCAGCUUAAAACAAUAGAAACCUUAUUGGGUAGUACAACCAAAAUCGGAGAUGUGAUUGUUCUUGGAAUGAUAACGCAGUUAAAAGAGGGAAAAUUUUUUCUGGAAGAUCCUACUGGAACAGUACAACUAGACCUUAGUAAAGCUCAGUUCCAUAGUGGUUUAUACACAGAGGCAUGCUUUGUCUUAGCAGAAG